AUGGCAAGGCCUGACUUUGAUUGGAAGGCUUUCGGAGUAGCUAUGAAGGAGAAAUUUUAUCCCAAUUUCUUGAGGAGGCAAAAGGCCACUGAGUUUGAUGAGUUGAAGCAAGGUGACAUGACUGUGGAGCAGUACUAUGAGAAGUUUGUAGGAUUGAUGAAGUUUGCUCCAGAGUUAGUACCUACUGAGGAAAGAAAGGCAAUUAGGUUCGAGACUGGACUUAGUCUUGAGGUGAAGCUUGGGCUAGGAGGUUCAACUUUCAGGACCUUAGAGGAAGUGUAUGAUAGAGCUGCUCAUUUAGGUUCCUAUUUGAAACAAGCUGGAGUUGAGAGCUCAAACAACAAGAGGAAGGAGAAUCCUAGUCAGAAUUUCCAGAGGAACGACAAGAAGUUCAAGCCUCAAAAUAACUUUCACCAAGGAGGACAAUCUAAUGGCCAAAGAAAUGGAGGCCAAUAUCAACCACAGAAGGGAAAGCUGGUGGAGUGUAACUAUUGCCACAAAUUGGGUCAUCGAGAGUAUGGGUGCUUCUCCAAGAAUCCUGAGUUGAAGACCGACAAGGGCAAGAGCGGAAACCAGUUUGGUCAGGGUAAUCGAAACCAGUCAGGAGGCAACAACUAUCAAGGUGGGAACAAGCAAAAUGGGAACAACAAGACUGUUUUGAGUGGAGCUGGGCCUAGUGUGCCUGCAGUGGCAAGUUGA